AUGCCUCCUAAGCGAUCGACCAAAGCUAAAGCAGGCAUGUCCCAGGCCCCGCUUGCAUUCCAAACGCGUAAACCAGGUGGAACCAAAUCCAAACCGAAAGCCACUGCUGGUCCUUCCACUUCCCGAUCCCCUUCUCUCAAGGCGUCUGCCUCUGAAUCGUCCAUUAUCCGCGAUGAUGACGAUCGAGAUGACAGUGAAAUGGCUAUCCCGCUUCAAGCUGUCGAUUCUCAGCCGACCGUUCAAGAUAGACCAGGAUCAAAGAGACAGUUGGACGUAAAGUCAAAGGAAUGGGCUGGAGUCAUCAAAAAUGCUCACAGAGAAAUGGGGGGGAUGCAGCCGAUCCAUGCUGGCCCUGAUACGCAUAACGAGAUACACCAUGUCCUCCGCAUUUUCGACAUGACAUCAGCUUACGGACCUUUCAUCGGCGUGACGAGGCUACAGAGAUGGGAGAGGGCAAAGAAGCUGGGGCUGAAUCCACCAGAAGAAAUCAAACGUAUCCUGACCACUCAGCAAGGCGAAGAAGACGUCACGUAUCGUGAAAAUGUGCUUCAUUCGUGGCUCGGAUAG